UUCCUCACGGUUCUGUAGGAUCGAUUACCUUGCUUUAAACUUCCUCACUCUAGGUGUGUGUUGUUGAGCUCAACGCUGCAUUUGUUGUUUGUUUGGUUGCUGAAAUUUCUCUCCUUUUUUUGCUCUUUGUAAGGCUGCAUUAUACAAUUCCCAUAUAUCAUUCACAUCUCUCUCUAGUAAUUAUUACUACUAUUCAAUUACACGAAACAACAUCAUAUUUAAUACGAUAACAUACACAAUAUUCAAUCAUCAACAACAACACAAUUGAAACAACAAUUCAUUACCCAUUUUUCUAAAAUCAAGUCAUUACUCAUCAACUAGGAUUUUGCAUAAUAUUAUCACAAAAUAUCUUAGACCACACAAUUAAUUGAAAAAAUCAUCAACAUUGAAAUGUCUUCCUCACUUACUAUUGAAGUUGUAGAAGAAGGUACAUCCGAUUUGGAUUUUCUAACAAUGACACCAUCAAAUUUUGAUUUUACAAGUGACAGUUUACCUUCCUUCUCCAAUUGUAUUGAUUUUUGUCCCAAUCCAUCCCUUUUACCACCAAUUAUCAACACUUUCCGUCAAGAAACUACUGACAAUCCUCCCACCAAUGCAGCUUAUUUCCCCAAUCUUUCCUCCGAAUUACUUACAAAACAGCAACCAAAGCGUAGAGUUACCAACAACCAAAGUUUUGAUAGAAGAACAAUUGACUUGCAUCCUACAAAAAAUCUAUCCUCACUUUCUCACAAAAAAUCCGAAUCCAUUGGAGUUUCAAAUUCCGUUCCUCAAUUUUCCCCUCCGACAGAAGGUGUGAAUUCUGUAAAGAUCCCAACAAGUGGUACCACAACUCAACCACAACGUUCAAAGCUUAGAAGACUUAGAAAGCCAAUGAACAAUACCAAAAAGUCAUCAAGUCCUACCUCACUUCCAGCUCAGACUUCAAAUCUUUCUAUCGAUACCAAUACUGGUUUUGAUUAUUCACAAAGAUUGAAGACUCCUAGUAGCUCUAGUGUGAAUAGUGAAACUUAUCCAUUAUUCCCUGAAAACUCUAACACUUCUCAAGUUGACCAAUCCAUUGACGAAGAUGAUGUCUUCUUGAAGGAGGAAGAAAUCACUGAAUAUUGUAGUGAUAGAGUUAACUAUUCUGCUAGUGCUUUUGACUCUUAUCAACUUGAAGAUAUGGAUUCUCAAGAUAUGUUUGAUAGUUUCACACCAAUUAUCUUGCAUUCUGAAGAUCCAUUCAUGGAUGAUGAAGAAGUCACCAAUGCCUUCUUGUAUUCACAACCUCAACAUAAUAUGGAUACUUUGAAUGGUAUUGUUAUUCCAUCUCCUCUAUUGAUGACUCAACCAAACAAUCCCUCUUCCUUAUUGCCUCACUACAUUCCACCAAUCCAAGAUAAGAGCAUUGCUGACAAGUCUAAAAAAUCCCUUAGAAGACCUUCUAAAAACAAAUCAUCUCAAAAACCAAUUUUACCUUCCAAUUUGAGAAAUGAAGUUUUUCCUUCCUUGAUUAGGGUUGAAUCAAAAGAGACAGUACAAUCUACUGCCUCCGAUUUAAGUGAAAGUUCUUCACAAACUUCUAUUCCAUCUAGAAGCAAAUCUCAAGCUAUCCACCACUCAAAUAGUGGUGUUUCAAAUGUUCAAACCCACUCAAAACCUAAGCAACCAGACAAUCCUAACAAACAAAUUACCUUUUGUGACAGUGGAUAUGAAUUGCCAGCAACCAAAAAAUCAACACCUACUCCUCAAAUUCAGUUCGUUUCAAACACCCCAAAGGCUCCACAAGGUAUUUCCAAACCAUGUAAGAUGUCUACAUCUAGUGGUUGGAAGUUCCACAACUUUGACAGAGAGAAGCAACCAAUUAGAGAUUCUAGUGGUUUGACCUAUCACUUUUAUCAACCAAAGUCAAAAAUUGCUGCUACAACUCAAUAAAGCAUUUUUGAAAGUUAAUUUA